UUUUUUUUUCAGUUGAUAUGGAUGCUACUAUUUCACCGCAUAAUUUACCACAAUAUGCUCCUAAUUAUCUUGGUCGUAAAAAUAUAAAUAUGGAUGAGGAAAUACGACUUUUCACCAACAAUAAAGAUAGGGACAAGUAUGAUAAUAUGGCUGAUCUCUUUUCCAUUAUUGUACUUAUGGAACAUUUGGAAAAGGCUUUCAUUCGAGAUUCUAUUACACCCAACGAAUAUACACCUCAAUGUGCUAAUUUGAUUGCAAAAUACAAAACAACAAUGAACUUUUUAGCAGAUAGUGUUAAGGAUUUGGAAACAUUUAUGGAUGAUUACAAGUUGACUUGUCCUGCAGCAGUCAAUAGAUUUAAAAUAGGUGUACCAGCGACAUAUGAGCAUGCUGUAGAGGAAAAUACAAAUAAUAAUCGAGGAGGGAAAGCAACUCUUUAUGUGGCGGAAACCGUCUCGCACUUUAUUACUUUAUUGGAUACCCUUCGUGUCAACCGACUGGCGGUGGAUGACAUUCAUCCAUUAUUGGAAGAUUUGAUCAAAGCUCUCAACAAUGUACCAGGAUUAUCACCGGAUUAUGAAGCCAAGGCAACGGUGAGGAAAUGGUUGAUUGUAUUGAAUGGGAUGAAGGCCGCCGAUGAAAUUACAACAGAUCAAGCAAGACAAAUGGUUUUUGAAAUCGAUCGUAGUCAUAACAACUUUUAUCGAUGGCUUAGUGGGGAUCAUCAUGAAGUCGAAGAUUAGAGGGGGAAUAUUUCAUUUAUUCAAUAAAAUCUUUACAAUUUUUUUUUUAAAAUA